AGCCUCACCUACCAUUAACCCCCCCCUCACUUCCUCCUUCCUUUUUAAGUCUUCACUUCUCUCUUCUCUCCACUUUCAAAACUCCUCUCUCUCUCCCCUUCUCCCUUCUCCAUCUGCUCCUCACUCUCUGUUCGCGGUACCUCCUGUGUCACUUAUAAGGGAAAUCAACAGUUGGGAAAAAAAAGGAAGAAAAGAAAACAUGAUUGGACCGAGCUUCGUCGACGAGAUAGACUGCGGCAGUUUCUUUGACCACAUCGACGACCUCCUAGACUUCCCUACCGAGAACGGUGAGUGCGGGCUGCCUCCCGUGGACUCUAAUUCAUUCUCAAGCAUCUGGUCCACUCAGUCCGAGUCGCUUCCCUGUUCUGACUCGGUGUUCUCUAACAACAGCAGCUCCGACCUCUCCGCAGAACUCUCUGUUCCGUAUGAGGACAUUGUGCAACUGGAAUGGCUUUCAAACUUUGUCGAGGAUUCCUUCUCUGGAGGAAGCCUCGCCAUGAACACAGAGGAGUCUUCUUUUGUGAAUAAGGACUCAUCCCAUCAGCAAUGCCAGACCUCUAGUCCAGUUUCUGUCCUUGAAAGCAGCAGCUCCUGCUCAGAAGAAAAGACAUCGCCACGCAACCCAGAAACUGUUGUCACCGGCAAAUGUGGACGUGCUCGUAGCAAGCGUCCUCGCCCUGCAACCUUCAAUCCCCGCCCAGCAAUUCAACUCCUAUCUCCUACUUCCUCAACUGAGCCUAAGGCUCAAUCCGAUACCGAGAAUUUUGCUGAGUCUAGACUCCUGAUCAAGAUACCAAAGCAUGCUCUAUCCGGCGAACAUAAGAAGAAAAAGAAAAUGAAAUUGUCCCUCCCUGCUGCUCCUACUGAGGAGAACCAGAACUUACCAUCGCAAGCAGUUAGGAAGUGCACGCAUUGUGAGAUAACCAAGACUCCACAAUGGAGGGCAGGGCCGUUGGGUCCAAAGACCCUUUGCAAUGCUUGUGGUGUUCGGCAUAAGUCGGGAAGGCUCUUCCCUGAAUACCGUCCAGCGGCGAGCCCAACAUUUGUUCCAUCCUUACAUUCCAAUUCUCAUAAGAAGGUUCUUGAGAUGAGAAGCAAGGGUGACAGUGAUGUUGCUGGGACUGAAUCAAAGAUGGAAAACGUGCCAGAGUUGAUUCCCAAUAAUGCAUUGGAUUAUAUGUGAGGGGAGAUGCAGAGAACAAAGAAUUCCAAUUUGAAUAGGAAUCAAUCUCGUAGCUGACUCCCCAUCCUCUCUCUCGUGCGUUUAUGUUAUUACUUAAGGUUAUUUCAUUUCUUUGUUCAUUGGGUUCUGUACAGGGAAAGGGAAGAAAUGUGGGAGAUAGUAGCUAUAGAUGACCAUAUGUUUAGCAAGUAGGAAAAGGGUUUUGAUGAGAGAACUGAAAGAGGGGUAGAGAGAAAUGGAAGGUUAAGGUUAGUGCAGUUUUAGGUUUAGUAAUGAGUAGGUCUUGAAGUCUUACUAGGUGUUGGGAGUCUGUUGCAUUCUUUUUUGCUUUCUUUUCUUCUUUGUUUUCCUUUUUUCCCUCUCUAUGGGAAUUCUUUUUGCAGUCUCAUUUGUCAGUAGAAAUCCUGAAAGGAGUAAUGAAAUUGGGAUUUAUGAUUCAUUAACAUUC